AUGAAACCCGCCACUUCCGGGUCAUGCAGACCCGACCCAAGUCCCUCAUCCUCCUCAGCACCACCACCAAGUCGUUACGAAUCGCAAAAACGCCGCGACUGGAACACGUUUCUACAAUACCUAAGAAACCACAAACCCCCUCUAACGCUAACAAGGUGCAGCGGCGUGCACGUGAUCGAGUUCCUCAAGUACCUAGACCAAUUCGGAAAAACCAAAGUCCACGUGACAACAUGUUUUUUCUUCGGCCACUCGGAUCCAGCCUCUCCUUGUGCUUGUCCGCACAAGCAAGCUUGGGGAUCUCUCGACUCGUUGAUCGGACGACUUAGAGCUGCUUACGAUGAAUACGGUGGACGGUCGGAUCCAAAUCCAUUUGCUGCACGCGCCGUUGGGGUUUACCUGAGGGAAGUCAAAGAUAAUCAAGGUAAGGCUCGUGGGAUUACUUAUCAGAAAUAUAGACGGAAACCUACCGUCAGACUGGAUGUGGAUUAA